UACGACAGUUUCCAGCAGCGGACGGCAUGACUCGUGCAAGCAUGAUUGCGUGGUGGUGUUGUUGACAAUUCUCUCCCUUCUCUAAGUUAUUGUAGGCUUUAUAACGCGUUUCAUAUUGUGAAUUGAGAGUGUCGACGUAACCGAAGAUAUGGGGAAGCCAAAAAAAAGACUGAUCUGAGCCGAGCAGAGUUGAUGAUGAUGACCAUUGCUGAUGUCAUCAAUCAGCUGGUCGAGGCGCAUGAAGAAGGAAAAGACAUCAACCUCAACAAGGUGAAGACCAAGUGCUCCGCUAAAUAUGGUCUGUCAGCCCAGCCUAGGCUGGUAGACAUCAUAGCUGCUGUUCCACCCCACUACCGACGUGCCCUGGUGCCUAAACUCAAGGCUAAACCUAUCCGCACUGCCAGCGGGAUCGCAGUAGUGGCAGUGAUGUGUAAACCCCAUCGCUGCCCUCACAUCAACUUCACAGGAAACAUCUGUGUCUACUGUCCAGGUGGGCCGGACUCAGACUUUGAAUACUCCACACAGUCUUACACUGGCUAUGAGCCGACAUCUAUGAGAGCCAUCAGAGCACGUUAUGAUCCCUACCUGCAGACCAGACACCGAGUGGAACAGUUGAAGCAGCUGGGCCACAGCGUGGACAAGGUGGAGUUCAUAGUGAUGGGAGGGACUUUCAUGGCCCUGGCUGAGGAGUACAGAGACCACUUCAUCAGGAACCUCCACGACGCCCUGUCAGGACACACCUCUAACAACGUAGCUGAGGCCGUCAGGUACUCAGAACGCAGUAACACCAAGUGUGUUGGCAUCACCAUUGAGACGCGUCCUGACUACUGUCUGAAGAGACACCUCAGUGACAUGCUGGGGUACGGCUGUACCCGGCUGGAGAUAGGGGUCCAGAGCGUCUACGAGGACGUAGCACGAGACACCAACAGAGGUCACACGGUGAGGGCGGUGUGUGAGUCGUUCCACUUCUCUAAAGACGCAGGUUUCAAGGUGGUCUCCCACAUGAUGCCUGACCUCCCUAACGUUGGUAUGGAGAGGGACGUGGAGCAGUUCAUAGAGUUCUUUGAGAACCCAGCGUUCAGGCCGGAUGGGUUGAAGCUGUACCCAACCCUGGUGAUCAGGGGUACGGGUCUGUACGAGCUGUGGAAGACCGGCCGCUAUAAGAGUUACUCCCCGUCUGCCCUGGUGGACCUGGUGGCUCGCAUCCUGGCACUGGUGCCACCCUGGACCAGAGUCUACCGCGUCCAGAGGGACAUCCCCAUGCCUCUGGUGAGCUCUGGAGUAGAGCAUGGUAACCUCAGAGAGCUGGCUCUGGCCAGGAUGAAAGACAUGGGGACCGAGUGUCGAGAUGUGAGAACAAGAGAAGUGGGUAUCCAGGAGAUCCAUCACAAAGUGCGUCCCUACCAGGUGGAGCUGAUCCGUAGAGACUACGUAGCCAACGGUGGCUGGGAGACCUUCCUGUCGUACGAGGACCCAGAACAGGACAUUCUGAUUGGUCUGCUGCGUCUGCGGCGCUGUUCCGCCCAAUCGUUUCGCCCCGAGCUGAAAGGGGGCGUGUCUAUUGUGCGUGAGCUGCACGUCUACGGCAGCGUGGUUCCGGUCAGCAGCCGAGACCCCAGCAAGUUCCAGCACCAGGGCUUCGGGAUGAUGCUGAUGGAGGAAGCAGAGCGGAUCGCCACAGAGGAACACGGCUCCGGGAAACUAGCCGUCAUCUCAGGUGUGGGAACUAGGAACUACUACAGGAAGAUGGGUUAUGAGCUGGAGGGACCAUAUAUGGUGAAACACCUGGAGGUGUCUGUAGGCAGACUGGGGAAUGAAAACCUGUUUUAGUGUCAUUGUUUUACCAAUACACGCACAAGACAUCUUUUUAUUUAUUAUUACUAGUACAUGAUUGUUACUUUGGAGAUGCUGCAGAGUACAUGAACGACAAUAUGCUUGUGGUAUCAGAGGGCGGAGUGAAUAGGUCUGUUUGGGGUAAGCUGAUCCUAUAUCACUUCUACCCAGAGUACAGAGUACGAGUCUUUAAAGGGAUACUUGGAGAUUUAGGCAACGAGCCCUUUAUAUCUACUUCCCCACGAGUUCAUCUGACUCUGGGGAAGUAGAAAAAGGGGCCUCAUUGCCAAAAUCCCGAAGUGUCCCUUUAAGCUUACUUUGAGAAACCGGUGGUCUAUGGUUCCUCAGUCAUUCAGCCGUAGUUCGGGAGUACUUUGUGAGAGUCUCCUCCAGCUUUAUGAGAUAAACAGCCUCCUAGUUAUCUUCCGGGUUUUAAUUCAUCAUGUUACCAGAAAGGUGGUGAUGAAGAGCAGUAUGAAUCACCCUUCAUUAACAGACCUGGCAGCAUCUAAAUGGACAGUGGGUGGGGAAGUCCUCUCUCUCUCUGAACAUGUUUUAUAAUCACAUGGUUUUAUAGGGCAGGAAAUUGAAUAGUGUUAUAUACAUGUUUCUUUUUAAACCCUCUCUGUUAAUCCGUGAUUUCCUGUUUUGGUUUUAUUUCAAACAUAAAUGUUACUUUUGUUUUGGUGUUGGACAUAUUUCAUUUGAAAUCCCUUUCAUCUGCUCAUGUUUCAUGGAAUAAAGUAUAUUUAACAGUUUA